AUGCACAUUGGGAAUGCGAUCUUGAGUUGUUUGUUAUUGCUGGACUUGACCGUGGUGGAGGCGCUUUUCGCUCCACUAUUCCGGGAAUUCCUCAAACUGCGAUUUGGAAGCGCGUGGGAGCAACGACUGACUCGGGAAGAUCUCGUCGCCACAGGCUGGGACCCCUCUUUCGGAGGGGGAAGCCACGUGGGAGGCGAGAGGACUCGGUAAAACUUUAUUUUAGGAGUUGUGAAAUAUUUUAAUUCAUUUCAGGAAAACCCCGAUCAUUUUCGCCCCAUGUUGGCAAUGCACGGCCGAUUUCUUUGCUCCAAUCGUGAAUUUCUUCCGAGAAAAUAAUUAUACAGAUGCGGAGAUGUACGGGACGACGGUUGGGGAGCUCCAGAAGGGGAGAUUGUACCAACCCGGGUAUAAAUGCGAGUAUGUUGAGUCGGUAAGUUGACCUAAUAUUCCAGUAAAUCUUACUGUGUUCUUUGCAACAAAACUAAUAAAGUUUUAGUCAUCGUUUUCUUUCCCAAUCAUUCAAUUCUUUUCAGUUUCGUCAACUCAUCAAGGCCGUCAUGUUAUACACAAACACCAGGAUUGUUCACAUCUUGGCCUUUUCCUACAGCGGAGCGUUGACUCGAAAAGCAAUUCUAGGCGGGAAAUGUGUGGACAAAGAUUUCGAUCUGGGUCCCCCCUUAACCCAACAUAUCGAUGUUUAUUUGAGUGUGGCUGGCGUCCAACAGGGCGCUUUAUUCUGCGAGAAUGUGAAUGAUAAAACGCUGUUGGCUUGUAAUAUGUUGACCGGGAUGAAAUGCGGCAGCCGGUUUCUGCAGGAUAUAAAUUCAGUGUGAGUUCUGGCUUUUAUUUAAUGAUAUAAUGAAUGUAAAAUACAGAUUUCAAACACUAUUCCGUUUUUUCCUUUUCCAGGAAACACUACGAAGGCAAGCGGCCAGUGAUAAUUGAGACAACGGCCGAUGAAAUGGUUGGAAUCCGGGUUUGUGGCCGAUUUGCCAGUCAAUUCGCGGGAGCUGAGAUCAUACGGGUAAGUUAUCUUCGUGGUCGAAUUUGUACAGCAUUUUUGCCUUGCGUUUUGUAGCAUUUUAGAUCAAAAUAUGAUGAAAAUCCGAUAACUUUUUAGCAAUUUAUGGCAUGAACACGUUUACUGUAGAGAACGGCUUUUGUAAAAGCUUCCCGGUCAUAUAGAUUGUUGAUUGUCUCGACAGCUCUUCUAUGGAUCAAUUUUUCAGGUAAACAAGCUCAGUCACGUGGAUGUGCUCAUGGGGACGAUGGAUGUCCAAUUGGGGAUCUUCGAUCGAGUCCAAUUCGAUUACGGUGGAUGGUUGAGUCUCAGUGCCGACAACUUUACAUUCUACAUGGUUGUUCUCAGCGAGGCAGCGAUUCUGAUAUGCGGGUGUUUGUACUACACACAAAUGAGACGUUCUUAA